UUGAGAUAUCCCUAAACGCCAUUCGGGCAUACGGUUGCUAUUAUCUGCACUCCCGACUUGGUCGAGCACCACAAGUCCUGCGAAUAGUGGGAACGAUCACCUUUACCAGGAACAAGCUUGAUUUCAUCUUUUCUACACAGCCGUCAACACUAUACCUGGCCAGCGAAAAUAAAUCAACGACAGAAUCAUAGACAUCAGCAUCGACACCGCAAUAUGCCGUCGUCGUCAUCGCCACUGCCGCCGUCCGCGACCACCCCCCUCGUCGACCACGUCGUGGUUCUGGUGCCGUACGCCUUCCUCUCGGCACCACCGGCCUGGUUCGCGGGGUUGUUUCGGCUGUCGGCGGGGGGCCGCCACGCUGACGGGCGGACGGAGAACACGCUGGCACUGCUCGCUGACGGCUCCUACAUCGAGUUCAUCGCGUUCGUGCCGGGCGCCGACCGCGCCGCCCACCACUGGGGCGCCGUUCCCGAGGGCUCCGUUGCCGACUGGUCCGUCUCGCUGCCGCCCGCACCCGCGCCGGAGGGGCGAGGAGAUGACCUCGCCCAGGAACCUGCGUUCCGCGAGGUGCAGAGGCGCGUGCGCGACACCCGUGCCGGUAUCAUCUACGGCGACCUGGUGCGCGGCGGGCGGACCCGGCCCGACGGUACGGAGCUGCGAUGGGGAGUGGCGUUCGCGGUGCGGGAGGGCGAGGGCGAGGGCGAGGGCGUCCCCGCACAGUCAGGCACCGUGCCGUUCUGGUGCCUCGACGCGACGCCCCGACACCUGCGGGUCCCGUACAGCGAGCCCGGGGCCGUGACGCAGCACCCAACGGGCAUCGUCGGGGUCGCGCGGGUCGAAGUGUCAGUGUCGGAGGCCGACGCGGGGAGCGCCCGGGCCGUGUAUGACGUACUGCUCGGACCGGGGAGAGAGGCGCCGGCCGGGUUCGUACGGGAGUGGGACAUUGACGUGCUCGAGAAGAGCAAGGUGCACCCCGGAGGUGCCGUGAGGCUUCGAGAGGCGGGACCAGGGGCGGGGACGCGGGUCGAGAUCGCGUUCUUUACCGACGACGAGGGCUGGGCGGGGAAGACGGUGGGUGGGAGGGUCAACGACGAGACUGAGCUCGUCUUCCACCUCGUAGCGGUGCCUAAGGCGGGUGCGCAAUGAGCGGGCGUGGGUGUGCGGGGGUAUGAGCGGUGGAGAGGAAUUUCGUCGAUAUUAGUUUCAUCUAGAGGUGGUCGUAGGUGACGUGGCACCCGCAUUAUGGGACUUAUAAGGAGAGAACAGUGCCGUAUUUAUCCUACCUCGAGCUCUUGGUCUACUCUUAUUCUACCUACCUACGCGAGGGACCUUGGGUGGGUUCGCUUU